AUGCCAACUGAAAGUGAAGAACGGUGGUAUCGGAGGGAGGACGAGGACCGAACAAGUGGUGCAACGUCGAUUCUGUUAGGAGAGCAUUACGAGGUGGACCAGGCCAGAAAUCCGGCCAGCCAGCCAUCCGCGAUGAGUACAUUGAGGUUUCGCGGACUGGACGUGAACGCGAUUCAGUCUUAG